AUGCCAUCAACAUACCGCGUCGUCGAACCACACCCCUCAGUCCCCCACGCCGGCCGACCAGCCGUCUACACCGGCCGAGGCGGCUGCGGAAACGUCGUCAAUCUCAAGAACACCAAGACAACCGACUCGCGCAGCGCAACGGGACCCGCCUCCCUCGCCCGCCUCGACUCCCGCAUCCCAGCAACCUUCACCUCCGGCCGCGGCGGCGCGGGCAACGUACACAGCAGCUCGGAGCGCGCCAUCUUCAGCUUCGACGAAGAGCUCGAGCGUGAUCUGCGCCGCGCCGCACCAGUCUACCACGUCGGCCGCGGCGGCGCCGGUAACACCAUGUACCGCGACGACUGCAGCGAGCCCAGUCUGACUCGCAAGUACUCUGCGGCCAGCACGGCGACGAAUUCUAGCACGGGCUCUGUGACGGAUCGCGCAAGGGAUAUGGCCCGUCGUGGGCUGGAGAAGGGUUGGGGGAAGUUGAAGGGUACUGCUUAG